AAUAAAUGUUUGUGUAUUUUAAAAUGAUGCGCUUGUCAUGUUGUUUCACUUUGCAGGUGUUGUUGACCGAUGACUAUUUCAGUGACAUCAAUCCUCGCUCCAUGAGAAGGUUGAUGAAUGUUGUAUACAUCACUGGAAGGUUGUUAAAAGCGUUCAACAUUGACUUCAACUGGUACCACUUAGCGUCGUGGAUCAACAUUACUGAGCAGUGGCCAUACAGAGCCUCGUGGCUCAUCCUCUAUUAUGAGGCCAACGAGGAUGCCUUCGAUGACAAGUCUUCCCUCAAGGACCUCUACGAGAA